GCCCCCGCCCCGCCUGCUCUCCCGCGGUCCUGGAGGCGCAGGGCCGAGCUGCCGCAGCCGCGCCAGAUCUCGCGGGAAGCGGAGUGGGCAGCCAGUGGCCGGGCAGCGGCGACAGGCCAGCAGACGAGCCGGGGCAGCAGACUCGGAGCCCACAGCAGCCGGCGGUCCCCGGGCAGACGCGGCCGAGCUUCCUGCAAACUUGGGCGCACGCUUGCGCCCUUGCACCCCAACCAUGAAGAUGGUCGCGCCCUGGACGCGGUUCUACUCCAACAGCUGCUGCCUGUGCUGCCAUGUCCGCACUGGCACUAUCCUGCUGGGCGUGUGGUACCUGAUCAUCAAUGCUGUGGUCCUCUUGAUACUGUUGAGUGCCCUGGCUGAUCCAGGCCAGUACCACUUUUCAACUUCUAAACUAGGAGGUGACUUUGAGUUCAUGGAUGAUGCCAACAUGUGCAUUGCUAUCGCAAUUUCCGUGCUCAUGAUCGUGAUCUGUGCAAUGGCUACUUACGGAGCAUAUAAGCAACGUGCAGCAUGGAUCAUCCCAUUCUUCUGUUACCAGAUCUUUGAUUUUGCUGUGAACGCCUUGGUUGCAGUCACUGUACUUGUUUAUCCAAAUUCUAUUCAGGAAUACAUACGGCAGCUGCCUCCUAAUUUCCCUCACAGAGGGGAUAUCAUGUCAGUGAAUCCCACCUGCUUGGUCCUUAUUAUUCUUCUGUUUAUCAGCAUUAUCUUGGCUUUUAAGGGUUACUUGAUUAGCUGUGUUUGGAACUGCUACCGAUACAUCAUUGGCAGGAACUCUUCUGAUGUCCUGGUUUAUGUGACCAGCAACGACACUACGGUGCUGUUGCCCCCGUACAGUGAUGCCGCUGUGAGCGCUGCCGCCGCCGCCACCGCCAAAGAGCCGCCCCCGCCCUAUGUGUCAGCCUGAGCCAGAAAGGGGUGCCGCUGGGAGCAACGGGGGGCAAGAGUUCUUUCAUUUCACUUCUGCAAUGAGCAUAUUUGUUGCUGUAAUGCUACCAUUUUAAAAUGAGACACUAAGCUGAAACCCUUUGUAGUUUGCAAACAUGCUCUAGCUGUUGGAGCGUUGUGAUAGAUCUAUAGAAUUCUUUAUGUAGGGGCAGGAGGUAGUGGGUUUCCUAAGGCUUUCAUGGGUAUUGAAACCUCCCAACAAUGAAUUUAAAUCAAAGAAGUCUGGUCUUAUACCUAGGGAAGCCCCCAAGUUGGGGAAUUAGCCACACUCCAUCUAUCCCCUCUGUAUCUCUUGAAGGUGUAAAAUAAAAUCAUAAUUAAACAGUA